GUUUAACAUUCGUUGUGUCAGGUUGAUUUCUACAGCAGUAGUUGUCGUCGUCGUCGUCGUCGUUUUUGUCGUCAUCGUGCUUGUGUGCGGUACGGAGUGUUUGAUGGAAAAAGUUCUUAAGUUCGUACGUUCUUAGAGCAUAUGUUGUAACUGCAAUAAACUUGCAUUUUCAUUUCUAUUGUGAAGAGACGUGCAUAAUAGCAGCGCAGCGCAGCGCAAAAGAAAGAAAAAAGAAAAGAAAAGAAAAUAAAAAAACAAACGUAAAUAUGUCGCGCAAGGAUGAUCCUGUUUUUAAUGUGAAAUUCGUACAACUUAUCGAAAAGCAACCGUGCCUUUGGAAUUCCACACUUCCUGCAUAUAGUAAAAAGGAUGAAACUGAAAGAGCUUGGCAGGAAAUUGCAAGUGAAACAAAAUACUCAGUACGGAAUUGCCGUGAAAAAUGGCGUACAAUACGCAGCAGUUUUUUACGUUCACUUAAGCCAUCACGCACAUCUACAGGACGUGGUAAACGCAAAUACUACCUAUUCAAAUAUUUACAAUUUCUAGUUCCCUACACUAAAACACGCACCAAGGCUACGAGUACAAAUAUUGUGGCUGGACGAAAAACCUCUGCACCACCAAUGACACAGAUACAAAACAUGCCAUUGCCUUUAGUCAGUAGCGAAGAAACCAAAGAUUCCAUUAGUUCAGAUGUGGCCAUAGCCGAAGAUGAUGUUGUUGUUGCAUUGCAUGAAGAAACUACCCAGGAGCAAGAAUCUAUUUCACAAACACAAUUGCAAUCACAAUUAGAAGCACAAUUACAAUCACAACCGGUCCAACAACAACAGCAACAACCACAACAGCAAGUGCAGCAAGUCCAGCAAACAUGCCAACGACCCCAGCCACCUGAGAAACUGCAAUUAAGAACAUUGCAUCGCCCGCACGCACAACCGCGCCAACCACAACAAAUGGCUGUGAUCAAAAUGGAGGAAGAUUUUGUUAAUGUGGAACAGCGUCGUUGCCCCGAUAUAAGUAAUGCACAAAAUAUAAGUAGUAUUCCCAUAGAGCCAGAGAGGCCCCGCUCUUCUGCCAUUGAUUUAACAGAAUUCGCUGAAUUUAUAAAAUCAAAAUACGAACCUCAUAAUCGACGUGAGGUUCUGCCGCAAUCCCCUGAUGCUGAUCAAUCAUUUUUAAAUAGUUUGCUUCCAUACAUGAAAGAGAUGACUGGGAAAAAAAAUCUUCGCUUUAAACAAGAUGUUUUGGCUCUAAUAUACAGAAUAUUGGAGGGUGACGAAUGAGUAUGCACAAAUCAAAUAUUUGUUAUGUUUUUUAGAUAUAUAUUAGAAGUUGAUAUAUCACAAUAUAGAUUUUUAUUAAUUGUUUUAUGUAAAUCACAUACAUAUAUAUAACGAAAAAUAAAAAUUUAUUUUG